UAUGACUUUUAACCCCCCCGCGUAUAUAUACCACUACUUCCCCCUUUGACCUCUCUCACUACUUUCAUACCUCAGAAUAACCAUAACUUAAUAUGACCAAAAAUUCCAAUUUUUCAAACAUGCAUUGGUUAAAUAAGAGAUUCAAACAAGAUGGAACUUCGAGUUCCCUCCAAAACAACCAGCAAUUUCAGCAGCAGAUUCCGAGGCGGCUUACUGGAGAUCAAGAGUAUUCUGUUAUGGUUUCUGCUUUGAAAAAUGUAAUCAAUGGUAAUAUUCCUAUAGAUAGCAAUCAAGGACUCAAUAUGUUUUCGCCUUUUCAGUAUUCUACUGGAAUGAAUGCUACUUCCUCGCCCUCGACAAGCAUGUCUACGAGUUUCGAACAAGUAUUGGGUGUACCAGCAGAACAAGAACCUUGUCAAUUUUGUAGAAUCCAAGGUUGUUUAGGCUGCGACAUUUUUGGAACUACGUUUGGUUCUUCUUCUUCUUCUGCUGCUGCUGCUGCUGCUACUGCAACAGCUACUAUUGCUCCUGUUGCUGAUAAUAAGAAGAAGAGUGCUAGUACAAGCGCGAUCGCGAAGAAGAAGAAGAAGAAUUACAGGGGAGUGAGACAGAGGCCAUGGGGAAAAUGGGCAGCAGAAAUUCGCGAUCCUAGAAAAGCAGCGCGUGUUUGGCUAGGGACAUUUAACACAGCGGAAGAUGCAGCAAGAGCUUAUGAUAGAGCCGCCAUUGAAUUCAGAGGUCCACGAGCUAAAUUGAAUUUCUCAUUUGCUGAUUAUACUGUUGAAACUCCAGAACAACAGAGCACUUCGUCUUCUUCACCACAACAGUUGCAAGAAGAGCCUCAACAGUCGUUGCAGCAAGGGAAUAAUAAUUCUGAUUUCGGAAGUGAAAUUUGGGAUCAAUUGAUGGGUGACAAUGAAAUUCAAGAUUGGUUGACGAUGAUGAAUUUCAAUGGUGACUCUUCCGAUUCUACUGGCGGGAAUGUUCACAGUGUUUAAGUUGUAGUUACGUGCACUAAGCUCCCGCUAUACCUAAGGUCCGGGAGCUAGGUCAAAAGAAAUUAAGUUACAGUAAUUUGAAUUUGAAAAAAAAAAAAAAAGUUACAAGUCAAAAAUAAUAAAAAGAAGUUAGUAUAUUAAGGUGCUUUGCAGUUUGCCCUGUUGUAUUUUUAUCAGAUCUGGGCUCUAGUACUUUGAUAAAAAAAAGUUGGUAGUAGUAAUUGUCUACACAUUUCGAGUUGUGCCGUACGUAGUUAGGCAUAAUAGUUGAAUGAAAUGUAAAGAACUAAAGAUUAUGAGGUAUUAAUGUGAGUACAAUCUUGUUUCUGUAA